GCCCUUGUUCCAGCCUUGGAUAUGGCCGCCUCCUCUCGGUUCAAGGACACCCUUCCGUCAUACUAUUCGCAAUCCGCACGUCGAAAGUCUCUCGACGCUCCUUCCACCACACCUCCCCCUUCUCUAGUCAACAGCGCAGCAGACCAAACAGCUCCUUUCCUCGUGAUCGGCACCAACUCGCCCCCUCCUCCGACCCAUUCCAUCGUAAUCAAGAGCAAUCCUGUGACGAAUCAACCGGCCCUUCCAAAGCGCCCCCGUCGCCCCACCCGUCCGUCCCUGUCAGACCAACUGGCCACAAUUGGGCUGCAAGCUGACUCGUUGGUGAAAUCGCUGACCAAAUCGAACUCUAACCCCCCGAGUUCUACGUCGUUUACGCUGCCCACGCUAAGUUUGGUGGUGGGGCGAGUGGACUGCAAGUUUCCCUCCCCCGCUACUUUUUCCAAGUCCGAAUGCCAGUUCCAGUUCCUUCUUGGGACAAGGGAUAUUGCCAUGCACAUGUAUUACCACGACAUGGCGGACGUUGUGUUUGACAAGCGCGCCCUCACCCUGCGGUUUAAAAUUGGCCAUCCGUUGGCCGAGUUUGGUGCCGACUACGACUUUCGGAAUCGCAACCACGCAAUUGUGAUCGGACUCGCGUCCGUGUCCGACUGGACCAAAGCCAAGGCGAUCGUGCUCGCAAAUAGUAGUACUAGUAGUAGAUAGUAG